UCAAUUGCCGUCAAUAAAGGUGAAGAGCACCCAUGGAUGCAUAAGUCACCAGUAAAUGACAAUGAAAAAGAAAAAGUGGAAAAUUGAAGGUACUCAGACAUUCAGGUGUGCACGUAUUCCAAAGAUAAUAAUUUAUUCAUCGUAUGGCAUGACCGACCUUGCAGUCGUCCGACGACUGCUCCACUUGCCAUGUCAGUGGGGCUUUAAUACAGAAAGUAACAGCGCUGGUGAAUAUAGAUCGGACAUGCGCAGAAUGCCAGUCAGAGGUCACCGUGUUCUAUUCAUACUAGCUCUUGCGCUUAAAUUUCUACGAAACACGUUGAAAAUUAUAUUGAGAGGUUAUACUGGGAUUCCAAGGGAGCACCAGGUGGAGGGGAAGGAGAGGGGGAGACUUUUAUUCCCUCGGUAGUAUUUUCUCGAGGGGUAAACACUCGGGGUACGUUAAAUUUCGAUACCAGUAUGAGGGUAGUGUGGAAUUAAUUCCAUGUUAAACUAUUCAAACCCCUUUCCCUAUUCAGCCCAUCCUUCAAUCUUGUUUUGGCGGGAAGUGAGGGAUUAGGACGGAGGGCAGGGGGUCUGGUAAUGAUGAAUGAUUCCUUCUUUUUUCUCUUUAGGGGUGGGGGAGGGUAAUGGAAUUUUCCGAAGGAGCUUUCGGGGAAAAUUUGGUGCGUAGCAGUGGUGAGUCGCGAUAAGUAACUCCGAUAGGUCUUCAGUUUUUAGUGAGAACCUGGGGAUGGAAGGGAGAUAGCGGAAUUUUGAUGGGCUUUAUUUUGAUGAACAUUGGGAGAAUUGGAAAAAUGUUCUGAAGAAAUAGUUCGAGAUUUGCCAGCCUCAGUUAUUUGGCGACUUAAGGAGGUUCAGGACGAUUGUCUUCAUUAAGGACAGUUAAUGGAUUAUAAAGGGUUGGACGAUUUUGAAGACUGUGAAGUUGCAGACUUAAUGUCUUGAGGAAUUCAAAGCACUUUGUUUCCAAAAUAUUUGCAAAAUAAUUUCAAGAAAAUUUUUAUCAUCUGCAGUUCGUGUUGAUUUCUAUUGACUUGUUCAGAUCAUGCCUCGUGGAAUAUACAAAAAAUUCAGGAGAAAAUUCGUAAAUAUGGCAAUAGUCGGUUGGAACGUCAGAGAAACGGUGACUUUUAUUGAUACCGCGUUUGCGCGCUGCAGGUAUUUCGGUCGCAGUUGGGCCAUUAUGCAGGUACUGCCUGUCACUUCCCUCCGUGACCCCUGCUUGAAGUUUGCAGGCGAAUUCUGGAAUGGGAGGAAGUUCUCCUUGACGCCCCAAUCUACCACCUCAUUCUCCGUUGAACACAACAAGUAAAAUAUUAUAUUCAAAUUUGGUCAUUAAAUUCCUCCCGCACCACUUCACAGAUGGGAAAAGUAACAGAAGUAAUAAAAUUCUCAAGAGCCAGGGGAUACGAAAACUCUGUAGCAAGGUUGGAUAGAAUGUACGAACCCCACCACAAAUACCAGUUCUGCAUGCCACCCUCUAUUACACAUGAGGGCAGACACAAAUUCAGGAAAAAUUGCGAAAUCCACAGUUGGCUCACCCAUUACGAAAUGUAAUGAGAGAAUUUGAGUAAAAGUCAAUAGUCAAAUCUGGGUCAUUUCAUUUUACCAUAUCACUACAAAUCAUUCUCCAUUUUUAGAUAACUAUUUGAUUUUAAAAUAUUUGCAAGCUGUAGAUGAAAUGCGACUAGAAUAAAAUCUCUAGUAUUUCACUGCAGAAUUAAAAAGCAUUUUUUAAAUAAAUACUAUAAAUAAAUGACGAUCAAUUCAAGGGUGAAUGAAUAUCGAAAAUUUCGGUUAAUGGAGGAAUCACUAUAUUCACUUCAACCCACUCGAUAGCACUCCCAGGUUUGUUUACAAAAACUAUCGGAAAACAGUCAUGUUUUUUAAGCCCGCGUGUAUUACUAGUAAAAAAAAUAAGUAUUUUUUUUUCUCUCUUUCGAAUAUUGUUUUGACAUUCAUCCACAGGGCCGUACCAUAAUACCGUUCAGUAACGUAAACGCGAUACUUCGGGUGGAAAAUUCCCCGGGGUAAAACUACUCUGUACGAAGCAUUAACGUUAUUGACAUACGGUUAUGUUAGUUACGAUUAUUAUCGAGGCAGGUGGAUGAUGUCGAUGUUUUCGAGGUGCGAAACGUACCCAGGGGGAGAUCACAGGGGAAGUGUAGAUGGGAUCGUGGGUGGCCAGUGGGGGAAGUCCCGUAGGGCGAAUGAGAUGCCGCAGGGCAGCUCUGUCACCGAUCCUCACACACGGGAAUGAGGUCAGGUACACGAAAUCAUGGGUGUAUUGAGAGAAGUUGUAGGCUGACUCAAUCUACUUCCUUGAAGAUUCAACAUUCACGGGGUAUAUAUCCUGUGACGUCACUACCUCACUGAUAAAUUUAAAGAAGAAAUAGAAACGUAGUUUGGAGUGUGAGGGUCGGAAAACGAGUUCCUGGUGAGUUUUUUAAUCACACAAGUGCGAAACUCAUACAAAAAUGAAUUUUUAAUUGAAAUUAUCCUGUCGUUCUAAGCACAAAUUAAUAUAUAAUGUUUAAUUUUUAUCCUAGGUUGAAAAAAUAUGUCCAUAUUAAUCGAAUGAAAUUUAAUGAGUUAGAAAAUUCAUGAGGAGUCAAUCUCAAAACGUCAAGAAUUAUCAAAUUCCUUUAAUUCCCUAGAAUUUAAAAAUUAUUCCGUAAUUCCUAAAUGCGCCUACAUCUCAGGCGAAUCAUCCCACCAUUCCCCUCCAGUCGCAACCUAUCCACAAAAAUAAAAAACCACCAUUCCCAUGAGUUUCUUUCCCCCGCCAGAUGUAUUCCACGACUCUCCGGUCUCUCCCCUUUAUACAACAUUUUUUGUUGCGAUAUCCUAUCACGCUUCUUUCAAGUUGCCGAACAGAUACGACGAAAUAGUAUACUAUUGCGACAUUAGGCCGUGGGGAUUUUUUUGUGGCAUAUCGAAACGUCCAUGACGUAACGCUGAGUGAUAAAAAAAAGUUGCAUAAAUUUGGAGAUGAUGGGCAAUGAUGUGUUGAAUGUAAUGGCGGCGAAAAACAAUGGGGUUCUUGGGGUUGAACUAGGGGAGCACGCUACCCUGGGAACGCGGGAAAAAGCUUAGUCAGAUAAGAGAGUUAAUCCUCCACUUUUUCCAGGUUCAGCACGCGGCACAAAUUUCACUCACACACACAUCCACAUAUACAGAAGAAUUCAACACAUAUUUUUCCCCCCUAAUUUACUAUUAAUCUGCUUAAUAUAUUAUUAUUAUUGAUUUUUAUUUGCCCGUAUUUAUUUUCGAAUUUGAAGAGUUAUCUAAAGAAUCUCUACUCAAUUGUUCAUAAAAGCUCAUGUUAUUUUUUUAAAGUAUCAAUUUACAAAAAAAAAUUGAAAAUUUCCGUAAAUUUUGAAUGUUCUUAACUCGUUAAAAAAAAAACUCACCUCAAUCCUCCUCAGCCCACGUCAACCCGGAGUAGAUAACCCCAGUUACCUGUUCGGCAAGCCUCGGCCGAAUUCGUCAGUCCUGCAGCGGUAAGUGCAGGGGCAGCUCUCCCUCUCCCCUUGUCCCAUGCUCGUCAGGGUGGCACACACACAUCGAGUUGGAUAUCACCGCUGUAUUCUGCCUACGGUACCUCUACCCCAUAGCGCGCGCGCUAUCAGUCCUUGGGCUUGCAGGUGGGGGAAAGAGGCGCGAAGGCAAAGCUCUCACAGGGAAGGUGAGCAUCGACGCUCGGACCGGUGAGCACUCCUGUGGCCCACAAUCCUCGGUUCAUUGGGCGUCCGGACGCCACAACGCGCGUAUCAAGUCCGGGAAGUCGUGUGAAACUGUGUCCCCUCUACACAUUCACAUUCGCCGUGAGAUUGAAAAUUUUAUCGUCCAUUGAGAAAUAAAUUCCAGUGAAUUUCCAGGAAAAUCAGUGAAUUCCCAGCUUCAUGCCUCGUUUUUCAUUGAAUUAUUUCGCGAAAAAAAAUUGUCAGUGAAGUUAAAUCCAGUGAAGUUACUCGUUGUGCCAACCGGAAGUGCUUCAAGGUAUCCGAAGAGAGCAGGGUAGACUGGCACGGGCAAGCACCGUGCUCUUCCUCCCUCCGUUCCACCCCCGUUUUAUUUUUUUUUCCCACCCGAAGAAAAAAAAAUUCCGUGUCUGUCUCUCUCAUUCCCACGGAGCUCUCUCAUCGGGGCCCCGUCUCACCCCAUUGCAGCCAAGUUACCCAUUAGUUUCUCCUCUCCUAUUCCUCUUUUACUUCACUGUCUACCGCAGACACCCCCAGACACUCUUGAUUUUCCUCGUGUACAUCAGACGCGGCACCUCAUGGGACCCUCGUGCGUUGCAUUCGUGAAGAUCCAACAGUCCAAACUCCACUCCAGUCUUGAUUUUUACCUUUGCCAAAACUGUUCUCACGUUACUGGUAAUCACUGGGUUUACUACUGUCUCAGGGUUUGGAACUUAGUACUUCCCCCGCUGCUAUGGGAAAAUGUGGAAAAUUCUAUUUGAAUUAAAUCGCGUAAAUAAACCACUCUCUGCCUCUGCUCGGCGAACACUGAAAUGAAUACGUGUUGUUAUUAAUUCAGUGUCUUUUCAAUGACUCGACUUAUGACCUUGACGUUCAUAGAGUUGUCGAACAAGAUGGAUUUAAUACUCAAGUUCUGAAACUGCUUUAGUCACCCUAACUUUGGAACACGUGAGCUUUCAACAGUAAUUUCUGCAUUUAAGCGAAACAGCUAAAGUCUUAUAAUCCUUUUAUGCUAAACGAGGACAUAUUUCGAAUUGCAAUUGUUAUCGAUUCAAUGACGAACAUUAUUGCAUUCAAUUCAAUUCAUUUACUGGCUUUAUCUCUCAAAUUCAUCCGGUAAAUAAAUUUAUGAAUAUCGUAUAGGAAAAACAUAAGUUUCCCCUUGUACUCUGAAGGUAUUCAUAAUAUUGACAUGUUACUGUCGUCGAUAAACCCUCGCUGCCUUUUCUCUCACGAUGUCUAUAUGUAUAUUAGCACGCAGUAUGACAUCAACAUUCAAGACCUAUCACCGAUCGCCUCUUCAGAAAGAGAAAUUAUCUAUAAAAAAAUCUAGUUCAAGUGCAGGACAAAAUCUAAAUCUGUAAAAUUUCUCUGAACUUUCUCCUCGAAUUUUUCCUGAAAAAUUUUUGUACUUUCGCAAUAUUCGAAAAAAUCUUGGCGAUCCCCACGAUAAAUACACUUCCCUCACCCCCUCCAUCUUUAUUAUUACCCGGUGUGUGUGUGUGUGUGUACAUCAUCUACCCUUCAGACGUUCUCCUCAAUUUUUUUUCCUUUCCAUGUUUUUUCGUCAUGGAUGACUUCCUCCCCUGCAUUUUUAUCACGUACGAAUAAAAAAGUGAAGAGUCCUUCUGUUUGUUCUGUUGUUUGAAGUGUCAACGUGUGGAGAAAGAGUAAAGAAAGCCGGUGAGAAAGGAGACACGAAGGAUGAAUUCCACGUGGGCGCAGCAGUGCCGAGUGCACCAAAGGGUUACAAUGUGUCUUUAUGGAUUGAGUGCAUGAGAGGAAAGACAAGUGUCGGAGAAAAGGGAAAAAUUCAAGUGAACCACAGUGUCAUUGGGAUUAAUAAUCCGGGUGCUAUGAUGAUUGAUCCUUAAAGGGGGAGAGAAAGAGAGAGCGCGAGUGAGUCAUGUCACGUGUUGGGGCUAUCGUGGCGCGUUUAACUCGGCUGUUCCAGUCGUGUGUAACGUGGCCGUUUGUGUUUAUUGUCCUGGUGGCUGCGGUCAGGCCGGUCUUUGCCAGUGAAUUCCCGGAGAGGGAGUGCUGUGAUCCGAUUUAUCCGAUUCCAGAGCCAACUAGUAGAGCACCCAGUGCACCUACGCCGACUGGACGAAGUGGUUCCAAUAUCAAAACAGCAGUGGCUAUUCUCAACUGCUUGUUCGCUCGUCAGCUCUGUUUCGAGGACCCAUCUUGCAGUGCUAUUUUGGAAAUAAUCCCCCGGGUUUGUGGACCAGAACUCGUGGCCUGCUCCACUGUGACAGUGACAAAGUGCCAAACGGCCUUGAAAACACUUCAGGCCUUUUCGUUCUUCAGGCCGACUUGUCUCUGUAAGGAACCCCAUGUUGAUCCCGACUGCAACAGCUUCCAGAACUUCUUAUUCGAUCAUCCGUGCGUCUACGUUAUGAAAAAAGACAAAGAUCCGUACCCUUUUGACUCACUGCUGUCGUGUAAUCACGCGCUGAGUUUGUGUCAGCGUGAUAAGAUCUGCUCCAAGCAUCUUGAGGACUUCAAAACGAGCUGCAAAGCACGUGAUGGAAAAUGCAGGGAGAGCCGAGAAGUUUGUCACGACGCCUGGACUCAACUUCGAUUGUCACCUCUGUUUGGCUGCAUAUGUCCGGCAAAUCAAAUGAAAAAACGAUGCGAUAAGAUAUUUUCAAUGAUUAAUCAUAAUCCAUGUGUCGACUUUCUGCCUUCCUCCGCGUCCGUAGACCUAUCGGGAACGGACUCGGCCCUAUAUCCAUUCGACCCCCAGCAGGAGAACUUCCAAGAGAUCUGGUUGCCCCCGACCAGUAUGUACCCCCAUUUUCUAUUCCCCGCGACGUCGCGCACCUAUAGCUACGAUAUCGAUGAUAGUGAUCGUCAUCACAAUCACUAUGGUAUACCAGAAUUGCCAGGUAGCACUGGCACUGGUAGAUACGGUAUAAAACCGAAUCCACUAAUCCCACCGGAUUCAGAUCAAUCAAAGCCACCAAUAGACAUCAGCAAUCAUCAACUGAGAAGGUUGGAUGGAUCCAGUGGAGGAACUAGACAAUUAGGGCUAGAUAGCAAGGGCAUUAAUUCAUCUCCGUCCGCUUCUUCUUCUUUAUCUUCUUCUUCCUCCCUGUCGAAUAAGCCCAAGCAUGAUAUGCAGCCAGAGCACAAACGCGAGCAUGAUAAUUAUAAUCAGCACAACAACAAAUUGCACCAACAUCAUCGCGAAAGACAUCACCAUGAUUAUCAUCCCGAUUCACCUGCACAACCUGCACCAUCCACAAUAGUGAAAAAUUAUGAUCCUGCACAAUCAGCACCACCGCUCCAACCUGGCACCAACGUAUUUGCACCGAGACCUACCUACAAGCACGGUGCUAUUGUUAUCAAUCGUUACGAUGAUACUGAUGAAUUCGGCCAUCGUAUUGGUAUGCCAGUCGAUCGUCUCUUCGAUCUUCGCGAAGCCUUUGAUGGCUUUGUCGAUCAAGUGAAAAUCAUCUCUCAUCCCGACAACUCUACGAGUUUUGAGAUCAUCGAGUCACAGUUGGAGAAUCCAUUGAUCGACGCCAAUCAUCAGGAUCUUCAUGCUUUGAAGCAACUUGCACUGCCUGGCUUCCGGCAUCACCCACAUCAUCAUAGAAAUCAUACUGAUGAGCAUGAUGAUCCCAGUGGCGCAGAUAUUGACACCGAGAGGAUCAUCCACCAGCCCAUGAAACUGGUGCUGACGACCACGUGUCACAAUGCGUUCGAGCUAUGCAGAAACGACACCGAAUGCAGUGGUUUAUUUCAACCCGUGCUGAAUCACUGCGACUUGGCCAGCUGUGCACGUAACGAGUGCAUGAACGCCCUUCAGUAUUUCUACAAGAAGGCCAACGACAGACACUCCAUGGAGAUUGCUUUUUGCCUGUGCAAAAAAACUCAGGAUAAGCAAGACGAAUGCAUGAUAGCCCAGGAGAAAACACACCCAGUCUGUGCACAGGGGCAUGAUCUUGCUGAGCUGCCCACUUGUCAUGGUUUAGCUGAAAUUUGCAAGGAGGACAGAGUCUGCAGAAAUAAAUUGGAGCAUUACGAGCAGAGUUGUGCCGUAGACAGUGUAACAAAGAAGUGUGCAGGACCGCCGGGUGAUUGCAGACGUGCAAUGCUUGGUAUUCUUGGAACAGAGUUGAGAUCAAACUGCGCCUGCAAAGGCACUGACAUGACGCAAAUGUACGACUGCCUUGGCUGGCAGCGACUCCUCUGGGUUAAUCCCUGCGUGGUUGACUCGCAGAAGGACUUUCACACUCGUAAGAAGCAUCAUCAUCAUCCACAUCCGAGAACAACAACCGCCACAGAAAUGUGGAGCACUACAGCGACAUAUCUGGCAACUGAGCCAACGAUUACGGAGACCAUUGUAGAAGACAAUUUUAUUCCAGAUGUGACAAAGAGAUCCUCAACCCAGGCUGCGCCAACAUCAGAGGCAUCAACCAGUACAACAGUAACACCUAGUACAACAAGUACUACUAUUCGUGUUACAACACCGAGUACAACGACAACGAGUACAACACCACCACGUUUCUGCGUGGUUCAAAGGGCGAGACAAAACCAUCAGUACAUUCGUGUUGGUAAAGCGAAAAGGCUUUAUCGCGAGGAUGAACCAGAGUGCUCAGAGUUGUGUCAGUGUGGUGAGGGUGAACUGCUCCUCUGUAAUACAAUUUGCGUCGAGUCGUCACCCUGCAAGACUGACUUUGCCUUUUACAACCAUGCGGCACCAGCUUACCAGGCUUAUCGUGGCCGGUGUUUGUGCUACAGCGGUCGUUUCAUAUGCAUGCGGCCUUCCCCGGAGUCUUACAGUAUACCUCAUGGGGUCUUCAUGUUCCUUGGAUACAGUGAGGAAGAUGAAAAUCUACUUAGGAAUCACAACAAUCAGACUGUGCUGGACGCAGUCAACUCACUUGAUAGUUUCAUGCGCGAAGAAGCGAAAAAUCAGACGGUGUGCACUCUUUUCUUGUACAAUAUCACAAGGGAGAAUGUCAUUGCGGUGGCUAGACUCGGUGGGGAUAAUCCACUGCCGAACAGCACUCAGGCGCAGAGUUUGCAGCAUUUGCUACGUAUCAAAGACGAAUGCGGGGGGAUGUUGCAGGACCUGAGCAACAAAAUCAACAAUAAGUAUCAGGAGGUGCACACCCAUCCCCUCCUGUCAAUCUUCAAAAUGGCGGAAGUCGAGGUGAAAUUACCACAGAGCAGUGAGGGACGUGUGACCAGAUCCCGUCUCACCCUGGUAAUCCUCGUUUCGAUCCUAUUAAUCACAGUAUCCAGUCGAAUUGUUCUCAAUCCUGGUGUACUUGAUGCCCCUACAUCGUGACAGGGUACGUGAGUCUCAAUAGAACGACAAAAAUCUGGACAGAUGUUUAAAGAAUGAUAUUUAUAACACGAGAGGGGGAAAUCAGGGGUCAUGGACUACUUUAUCGACGAGAGUUGGAGGAAAGCUCAGGGUGGACUGAUUCACCGACUGCUAAUGCGACUGGUCGACGAUUGAUAUGGGAUUCCGCUUCAUGGGAGAAUGAAACCUACGAAAAAAAUUAUUCAGUGAAUUUUAACUUAUUGAUAGAGUUAGCAAACAAUCAAUAAAAAUUCAAUGAAUGCCCGGUAAUUUUUUUGAUGAAUUAAAUUAUAAUACUAAUUAAAUUUAUUGUGAAUCCUUUUGAUUGCACUUCUCGAUCUUUCAUGUCGUUAAAAUGUCGGCUCAUCUCCAUAUCGAAGUCAAUUUGAUUGUUGAAAUGCACUGAAUAUUUCUGGAAAAGCACAGAAGACGAUAAGAUGACUCAACAAUUAAUGGAAAAUCGUAUAAUUAAAUUCAUAUAUCGUCGAUAAUAUGAAUAUGAAAGCUCAAUUCCUCCAGCACUCAUCAGUCCAUCGCGUGUUGAAGGCGGAUUAUAUAUGAAGAUAUACAAAUAUAUUUUUUAUUACUUGCAGUGAGAUCUGAUCCCAGUCACUAGUAGUAUUAAAACAAUGUAAUUAUAACUGCAGCUAGUGCACCGCUGAGCAAAGCUUGAAGACCUUCAUCAUAUGAAAAAAAGAAAACUGCGGAAGAGAAUUCGGAUGUUGGAACGAAUUGUCUGCACUCAUAUCCUCGAUUAUCUCGGGCGAAAAAUUUGACUUCCGGCAAUUUGACUUUUCAAUAAUGAGAUAGUCGAGAGGAUAAUAACUGCUUUCUAGGUCUCUCCGGAUAUUGUACCAGGGUAACUCCAUUUGUACAAUUUCCAGGUAGUCUGAUAGCAAAUCAAUAAGCUCAGAGUGUUUCCGCGAGUGUUGAUUCGUUAUUGUCACUAUAUUCACAUUUGGAUAUGGACGAGAGAUGAGAGCAUUCAAAUUUACAACUGAGAAAGGGUUUUAUUGUUUUACCAAAUAUUUUUUAACUCUAAGAUUCAAUUCAUAUGAAAUAUACAAAUG